AUGGCGGCGGCUAUGUUACCCAGAUAUUGCAAAAAGGUGUUGUUGUUGUUGUUCAGCACACCGUCAAAGCCCAACGCUAAUAGGUCACUCGGUGUCGAAGGACAGUUUCAAGCGAGACGCCAAUUCUCGCAGGCUGCUGACGAAUGGAUGGAUUCUUUGCGAGCCUUGGCUAUGGAUCGAGAAGCUAACAUAGUGGAAUUUCAGUUCAAUCUUUAUAGUUAUGAAGAGUACGUCAAUCACUCACAUAUCGAUGCAAAGCGAGAAAACACCGGUCACCGAGAAAUUCAAGAUUAA